GUUUUCUGUUAAGUGCCGUUAUAAUGUAAAGAUGAUAGCCCGACUAGCCCAGCCCUGGUUUUCUGUUAAGUGCCGUUAUAAUGUAAAGAGAUGCCUGGAAUGAAUGCGCUCAACUGCGUUGGACAAAACGAUUUGGUGUCCUUGCGCAUCAUUUGCACUAUGGCGCGCAACCGAGAGUACAAUGUGGAGGAACUGGACAAGUACGGGAACACGGCCUUGCUGAAGGCUUGCUAUUUGGGGCGCUUCGAAUGCGCUCGCACUCUUUUGGAGUUUGGAGCUAAUAUUUACGCGGUUAAUUACUUUGGACAAAAUGCAUUAACUUUGGCCACCUACUCUGGGAAUUAUCCUUUAGUUCGUGAGCUACUGCAACGCCGUUCCUACAAGGAUUUUAAUCUGUCUUCGCUUAUUCCCGCCUCUUGUGUAGCCGCAAUGCAAAGCCAUGUCGAUAUUGAAGAAUUCUUUAUGAAAGUGGAUUCAAGUGGUGCGCACGAUCAGACGGUGCACGGUCUUGGCGUAUACGAUUUGCACGAAAUGGUGGAAAAGGCUAAGAAGAUAGAUCAACAAAUGCAGUCCUCUCAGCCCACCUUUAUCCAUCAUCGCUUCCGCUAACUGCCUUUGAAAAACUUUAAGACCAUAACAACAACAAAAUUAUCAUUAUUCAUGUCAUUAUUUUUGGAUAUGCUUACUGCCUUACUUUGUUCGAUUGUUCGGUUAUUUGGAAAAAUUUCAAUAUUGUUUAUUGCUUCUGUCCCGGGUACCCUGUGAUUAUCUAUUUACGAUUCAGUGGUACUUCGAUAAGAAGCCACAAAAGCGAAAUUAAAGCAAGAAUGGAUUGUGCAGAAGAUCGGAUAUCUUUAUAACUAUAGUUUAUUAGUGUUCAAUCAGCGUUUAGAGUAAUUAAAGCAAUUUCACUCUACCAUGCAUAAGUGAACACAGC